AUGUCGCGGUCGCUGGUGGGGCAAGUAAGGGAGGCGAAACACGAGUUGGUCCCGGUUGGUAUCACGGACCACUGGUUUGCGGUUCACACCACGGUGCAGGCGGCGGUUCCUGGAGGGGGGGGACCGGGGCUCUGGAGACUGGAGGCUACGCAAACGAGAGGAGCUGGGACGGAAAGGAUCAUAGCGGCGGUUGUGGAGGACUACCAGAAACAACAGGACCAGCCUUUCGACGCUUUGCUGACAAAUCUGAGAGCAGGCCUGAGAACACACACGACGGAAGAAAGGAAGAGGGUAAAGGCUACGAUGUUGCAUCUGGAGAACAAGGUGGCACGGCUGAGGGGCCUAUUGAUGGCAAAUCCGACUGCACCAAAGUUAUAUGAGGAGCUGGUGAAGGCGGAGGCGGCACUGAAGGAAUAUCAGGAGAAAGCCAAAGUCAGGCUGCAAGUGAUGACGUGGUUGACGGUGGAGCUGGCGAGCGAGGCGCCGACUGCCUACCUGUCCGGGCUGAUCAAGUCGAAAAAGGAAAAGACGGAGAUCCAAGAGGUGCUAAGGAAUGGCCAAACCAUCUCGGGAGCAAGGGAGGUACUUGAGGCAGCGACGACCUUCUUCCGCGACACUUACUCAGGCUCGAGUCACGCAGCGUCAGAUGAGAGCUGGGUGGUGGCAGAGGAUAAGCGUCUGCUUGACAGUGACAAGGUAGCGCUCACCAGGCCAUGGACGGAGGAGGAAGUCAAGGUAGCUCUCAAAGAGCUGCCGUCAGGAAGAGCACCGGGCCAAGAUGGUUUACCAAAAGAGCUCUUUGAGCUGAAUUGGGAUCUGCUGGGGAAGGAAGUGAUGAAGCUGAUGGACGAUUUCGAAGCGAGUGCGAAGUUACCGGAAUCCUUCUUGACGGCAGUGACCAUCCUCCUGCACAAAAAGGGAGCGAGGGAGCAGUUAGAGAAUUACCGGCCGAUAACUCUUCUCAGUGUGGUGUACAAAUUGGUGGCGAAGGUGCUGGCGAACAUAAUAAAGAAAGUGCUGCCGCGGGUAAUAUCGGAACGGCAGUACGGUUUCUUACCAGGGAGACGUCUGGCGGAUGCGGUUUCAACAGUAGCGGAUGUGAUUGAUGCAGCGGCGGAAGGGGAUGAGGACUGGUUGCUGCUCCUCGUGGAUUUCCAAAAGGCCUAUGACUCGGUAUCGAGGGACUUCCUCUUUGGCACGAUGAGGAAGAUGGGGUUCCCGGAGAAGUUCCUGGCUUGGACAAAGGGACUACACGAGGGGGCAGGAACGAAGCUACUGAUAAAUGGUUGGCUUGGCGACAGAAUCGAAAUGGAGAAAGGAGUAAGGCAAGGCUGUCCACUCGCUCCCUACCUCUUCCUCUGCGCGACGGAGCCAUUCUGUCAAGAAGCAGAGAGGAGGGGAUUGGGGAUCCGGAAAAGGGGAGUUGGCGGCUUGACUUACGUCGGUUACGCGGAUGAUACUACUCUGGCCCUUCAUGGUCAGGAGCAAGUGGUAGCGGCCAAGCUGUUGCUGGACGACUUUGGAAAGUGUUCAGGGCUGCACAUAAAUCAGGGGAAAACAAAGCUGAUGCCGUUGGGGAAGAACAAGAGGCGACAGCAGCCCACGGACUCACCGUUCCAAUGGGGAGCGCGGAACGAGCCGGAACGGUUGCUCGGCAUCUGGGUCACGCCAGGAGGGUCGCCGGAGCCAUCUUGGUACCAGGCUUACGAGCGGAUGUGCGGGGAGCUGGUUAAAUGGGACGCGAAGCACCUGUCGACCUCAGCCAGGGUGACGAUUGUAAACAGCUACGCGAUGCCGAUACUGCUGUUCCAAGCGCUGGUGUAUGCGCCGCCGCAUGAACUGUGGUUAAAGGUGAAGAGGAUAUGUCACAACUUCAUCUCAAAGGGGAGAGCCUCUCUCGACAGGUUCUUCAUACUGUGGAGUUACGAAUUAUUCUGCAGGGAUCGGAAGGAGGGGGGCCUGGGAGUAAUCAGCCCGAAGGAGAGAUUGGCAAGCAUUGCAAUCCACAACAUAGCGAGAAGUGCAGUGUCAAGAGACCCGUUCAGAAACUGGCUCUGGGAGAAGGCGGCGGGCUUCCCACAAGGUCUUGCGACGGUGUAUGCGCACCCGGCAAUCCUGAAAUACUGGUUGAAAGGCGGGGCGAGAUGGAAAGCGACGAUCGAGUCCCUCUGGGAAACAAAAACGGUGGUGAUUCAGGAAACAUCGAAUCGGUGGGAGGCAGAAGGAGAGCAUCUGCUUUUCAACCGCGCGAUCUUCUUCAGAGGAACAUCACCUUUCGGGAGGCAGAAAGGUUCGGGCUGCCUGCAGGGAAUCACACUAGGGGAUUUAAUCGUAAAAGGAGCAGUCAUCCUAUUGUUCCUGAACUUUCACAUCUCGACUAUGGCGACGCCAAAUCCAAAAACAACGUUGUAUGUUGGAGGGUUGGAGGAGAAUGUAACCGAGUCAAUUCUCCACGCGGCUUUCAUCCCGUUCGGCGACAUCAAAGACAUCAACAUCCCCAUUGAUCAGACGACGCAGAAGCACCGCGGGUUUGGCUUCCUGACGUACAUGGAGAAGGAGGACGCGGCGGCCGCCAUGGACAACAUGCACAACGGCGAGCUGUACGGCCGCGUGCUCGCCGUCAACAUCGCGCAGCCGCAGAAGAUCAAAGGCGGCGAGCAGGGCUGGGCCUCGCAACCAGUGUGGGCGGACGCAGACACGUGGUUUGAGCGCCAGCAGCAGGAGGAGGAGAUUCAGCGGCUAAGCAAGGAGCAAAAAGCCGCUGCUGCAGCUGCUGCGAAUGCUCCUAAGGGUGGCGCUGCUGCUGAUAGAAGCAUGGAGGAGGAAGAGGAGGGGGAUGCUGGGGCUGGUGCAGCUGAUCCCAUGGCUGCUGCUGAAGCUGAGGCUAUGAACAAGACAUGA